GACCACAAGGACCCCGCGCCAGCCACAUUUCCGCGUCUACGGAUUCUCAAUCAGUGGAACCAGCCAAAUUUCCGUGGAGCUUAGACUGGUAUUGUAAACAUGAGGCUGUAUCUCGUCGUCGAGACACGGACAAAUGGCGGCAACUGCUUGGAGCUGGACGGCCGCUACUGGACGUUGCAACCGUUCGAACUGGCCGAAACCCCAACAGCCGACCCCGUCGCCUUCCUCUGCAUCUCGUACACCUGGGGCCCCGGCCGCGAGCCGAGCCCCUUCCACGCCGGCUUCGAGGUGUCGGACCGCACCGUCCCGGCUCUGCGGACGGCGGCCCGCGCGAGGCCGCAUCUGACCAAGAUCUGGAUCGACGCCUUCUGCGUGCCGCCCGGUCCGCCGCGCGAGCGAUACGCCUGCCUCGAGAGCAUGGGCUUCAUCUACUCGCGCGCUAGCGAGGUGCUCGUCGUGCUCUCGCCCGCCGCCCGGCCCGCGCUCGACAACAUCCUGGAGACGGACCGGCCCGCCGACGGGGACUUGGCCGCACUCGAGGAUGACGACUGGGUCACGCGCGCGUGGACGUACCAGGAGGCCGUCAACGCGCGGGCGCUCUUCUUCACCAGCAACGGCGACGACUCCACCAACACCACGACGGGCGCGGCGCCCGUCAUUGGCGGCGAGAUCUUCCUCAACCGCGUCGGCUACGCGCUGACGCACAUGCCGCUCACCCCUCUGGAGCGGCGCGGCGCGCGCCCGCGCCUCGACGCCUUCGAGGACGUGCUCGAGUACCUGGUGGCCGAGUACGAGGGAAGGUCGGCGCUGCAGGUCAUGGCCAUCAUGGACCGGCGACGCCAGCUGCGGCCCGAGGACCACUUCUACGCCAUGGUGGGCGCCGUGUCGCGCCUGCCCGCCAGCAGCGCCGGAGCCGGCGCCGGAGCCGACGCGUGCGAGGCGUUUAUGCGCGUGUGCGAGCGCAAGGGCGACUACUCGUUCGUCUUCUCGGCGGCUCCGCGCUGCGCCGAGCCGCGGCGUCGCUGGAGGCCGCGGGUCGGGGAUCUGCCCGCCGUUUUGCAGCUGCCGUGCUGCGGCCGUGGCCAGCCGGGAGUCGUGCGGGAGGGCAGGCUUGUGCUCUCGCAAGUUGUGGCUUUGGAGCUGGGUCCGUUGGGGGAGAAGGCGAGAGGGUUUGUUUCCAGUUGGCUGAAGAGCCAACGAGUGUGGAACAUCGACCACGCCGCGGAUCUGCCUGGAGGCGUCCUCACGGCACUCCGUCUCUAUGGCUUUCAGGGCGAGGGUGUCGUCUUGGAAUCAAGAGAGGGCUUUUUCUUCGCCACUCACACUAUCCAAACACCUCGGCUGCUCCUCGUCUCUGCAUCUCUGCCAUGGAUAUUUGGGGCUCCUGGACUUGUCCUAGCCUCUGACGGGACAAGUACUCUGUACACCGCGGGGGUUUUCGUUGGUCUCGUCAACGAACAUGCCGGUCGUGACUUUGUGUUGGACUGAUUAGAUGCCUGCUGUUCCAUUGCGCUCGGCAGGGCGUUAACAUAGGGCCAGGACGCACAAGAUCACAGAUGCAAAGGUUGAGCCAGCCGAAGCAUUUUAGCACAAAUACAAAGACCCAUAGCAGCCCCAACUAUCUAUACAGCCUUUAAUCGCUAAUCUUCAGCACGGC